GCUAACGUUACUCAUCAAGGCACUCUGUGAGUCUCAAACAACUUUUCUUUCAACCUACACUCAUUAACAAAAAACUUCAACCGGCUGUGCAAAAUUUUCGGUAAAAAAUCAAUUCCGACCCAUAAAUUGUUCCCCAGAACGAGACAUCAUGAUGCAAUGCGAUGAAAUCAAAGAUGAAGAGGGUCCUUGCAAUACCUUGGAACAUUUCACCGAACUGGAGCAAGUAUUGAAAAUGAUCGAAUCGAUACAGGGAACAGAUGCUGCUGGAUUUGAAAAAAACUAUGAACAAUAUACGGAAGUUCUAUCCAGAUAUCAGGAACAACCCCAUUUAUUGGAUCCACAUUUGGAGUUGUUGCUCCAAAAGUUAUUGGAGAAAAUUCGUGAUCGCAAUUUACCAACACCCUUAAUGCAUGCUGCCUUCAAGUAUUUGUAUAUCAUUUGCAAAGUUCGUACCUACAAAGUGUUGGUCAAGUUCUUACCCCAUGAACUCAGUGAUUUGGAGUUUGCCUUGGAUCUGUUGGAGAAACAAGAUCCAAAGGAAUUUAAACACUGGGAGACGCGCUACAUGCUUCUCUUGUGGAUGUCCAUAUUAGUACUGAAUCCAUUUCAUAUGUCAAGGCUAGAUGCCUAUGCUAUCAAUGUUGGUGGAACGGAAGGUGAAGUGAUUACCAACAGUGUUCCAAGUAAAACGAAAAUGGAACGCAUAUUUGAGCUAUGCAAAUUGUAUACCUCCACAAAUGAUACAUGCAGUAACAUGUCUGCUUAUUUGGCAGCCAAAUAUUUUGUUAGGGCUGACAUCAAGGAGCUGUAUUUGGAUAGAUUUUUGGAAUGGGUAAUGUCACAACAUAAAUCGGAUACAGUUGACAUAAAAUUUGGCCAACUGGCGGCCAUUGCUGCCAUAUUAAAGCAUGGCAAAAGAGAGGAUCUACUGCCCUAUGCCGAUAAGCUAUUCCAAUGGAUAAUAAGCUGCCAGUAUAAAGAUGGUUCGGAUUUUUUGAAAUAUAAAUGUUACAUUAAAAUUAUCCAAAGGAUUGGACUGGUCUAUUUGAAGCCGCGCAUUGCAACAUGGCGUUAUAAAAGGGGGACACGUUCUUUGGCCUCAAAUCUAUCACAGGCUCAAAACACCACAGCUGCACAAAGUCCUACCGAUGAUGGACAGCCGAGUGUUGAAGAAGAGAGCACGGACGAUGAAAUUGCUGUACCCGAUUCCAUUGAAGAGGUCAUCGAAGAACUUUUACAAGCUCUGCGUAGUGGUGGCAAUGACAUACGUUGGUCUGCUGCCAAGGGCAUUGGUCGAGUUACAAAUCGUUUAUCCAAAGAAUUGGCCGAUGAGGUAAUUGGUUCCGUCAUUGACAUAUUGAAUCCUUUGGAACCACAUGAAGCUUGGCAUGGUGGCUGUUUGGCUUUGGCUGAAUUGGCCAAAAGAGGUCUCUUGCUGCCUUAUCGCCUAAAGGAAUUGGUACCACUUUUACUGCAAGCUUUGUUCUACGAUGAAAUGAAAGGGUAUAUGUCCGUGGGACAACAUAUACGAGAUUCCGCUUGUUACAUGUGUUGGGCAUUUGCCAGGUCUUACAAUCCCGAUGACUUCAAACCCUUCGCCCAACAGGUCUCGGCUGGUCUACUAACAGUGGCUUCGUUUGAUCGCGAAAUUAAUUGUCGCAGAGCAGCCUCUGCUGCUUUCCAAGAAAGUGUUGGCCGUCUUGGUAACUUCCCAUAUGGCAUUGAAAUAUCCACCACAACAGAUUUUUAUACGGUUGGCCUGAGACAAAAUUCCUAUUUGAAUAUAAGCUUUUUCAUAGCCCAAUAUGAGGAAUAUUGUAAACCAUUAAUCGAUCAUUUAAUAGAUCGUAAAGUAAAUCAUUGGGAUACGGCCAUAAGAGAAUUGACUGCCAAAGCCUUACACAAAUUGACACGCAGGGCUCCGGAAUAUAUGGCAAAUGUUGUGUUGGACAAAUUAUUUACAAAGACUGAUUCCAUCGAUAUCAACACUAGGCAUGGCAGUGUUUUGGCAAUUGGAGAAAUUGUCUUGGCUUUGCAUGAAUUGGAGUUUGAUUUGGAACAGAAGCAAACUCUGCUCUCCAAUCAAACAAUCUGUAAUGUCAACGAAGUGAUUGGUAAAUUUUUACAACGUGAUCUUUUCCGGGGCAUGAGUGGCGAACUGAUGAAACAAUGUUGUACCGAUUUCAUCCGCAACUGCAGUACAGCCAAAGUUGCGGCAACGCCACAAUGUUUGGAAUCAUGGCAGGAUGUUAUUGAUAAAUGUCUGUUGAGUAAAAAUGCCCCCAUUAGAGAAUCUGCAACUAUUGCCUUUUCAAAACUAUGCGAUGCUUAUUAUAACACACCAGAGAGGAGCAUGGCCAACAAUGAAAUAGUUAGGUUUUAUUUGAAAGGUGCCGACAAUGAUCAGGAGGAAAAUAUACGCAUGGGCUAUUUAAGUGCAUUGGGUGUGUUACCGCUCUUCAUGGUUACACCCCUGUUCGAUGACAUUCUUGAAAGUUUAAUAAAACACUCGUUGACACCAUAUCAAGCCAUUUGUGUGGGCGAAACCGUCAAAGAACAAGAAGCUCAAAGCACUCAAGAUUGGAGUGAAGCACGUCGUGACAGCGUCAAGGCACUGUGUAACCUUGUGAAAAGUGUGGGCUUUGAACAGGAUACCAGAGUUUCGUUUGCUAAUUUGAAAUAUCUCACAAGGGUAAUUGAUUGCUAUUUAAAAGCCAUGGAUGAAUAUACUUUGGAUAAUCGUGGCGAUAUUGGUGCCUGGGUUAGAGAAGCAGCUAUGAGCGCAAUUUUCGAAUUGAUAAAAAUGUGUCCCAAGGAUAUCUUAGAGCCCCAACAAAUUCAUCAAAUCGUUGUGGGGUUCAUGCAACAAGCUGUUGAAAAAAUCGAUCGUACCAGAGGUUUGGCUGGUCGUCUUCUCUGUCAAAUGAUCCACUUAGAACCGCCUGUACCCUACAUUCAUCGGCACGACAAAUUGAAAGAAAUUUUCCCCGAAGAUGUUAAUUCAGUGCUAUGGUUGUUUGCCGAUCACACAUUCCCCUUGUUUUGUUCACUGCUGGAAUUCUCCGAAUAUUCUCAGCGGAUUUUGUUGGGCCUUAGUGCAAGUAUUGGCCAAUUGACUGAAUCUCUUAUAAAAUAUGCUUCGGGAGCAUUGUUUCAAUUCCUGAGAUCUCAUACGGGACACAUUGAAAGACUGUGUAGGGAGAUUGUGAUGAAUUUUGAGGAAAAUCUUCUUAAGGAGCGUGUGACAUAUCCAAUGUUGAAUUUCUUGGAUAUUGUUAUUGCAUCAGGUUCCAUCAAUGCAAUAUUAUUGGAUGACUCGUCAACAUUUGCUGAAGACAUUUAUCGUCUGCUGAAUUUGGAAAUAAAGGGCCAUAAGAAACUCUAUAAAUUGGUAUCCAGCAUUAAUGUCUAUUCACAAUUGGUACAGGUGCCAAGAUUGUGCAAAAAAGUCCUCUCGAAAAUGUCAGUAUUUCUUGGACUCACCCAUGUUCACAUACGCAAAAGAACUGCCACUAAGCUGUACGAGGCCCUGGCCCUGCAUGGUGAUGUCUGUGAGAUAAGCGAAGAGAAUAUGGAUGAAAUUUUAAAUUUGCUUUCCGAAACUGAUUGGGGCAUGCCACUGGUAGAGGUCAGACCCAUACGUAAUCAGCUGUGUGAACUCAUGGGCAUUAAACCACCCAUGUCGGCAGCCCAGGCAGCAUCAGCUGGCCCACGUUAAACCCCACAUCGCACAUAUUAUCCAUAUUUCCACAAUUCAAUAUUUCAAUACUCAAUGCUUUAAGUAUAUCUGUUGAGACAACAAUUAAUAUGGCAAUAAAUUAAAAUACCGCACAGUCUUAAACAAGUC